AUGGCUUCCUCGAGUUCGGCCAGUGCGCGCACCGGCUCCAUCCAGUCGCACGAGAGCCCCAAAACGACGCUGCACACCAAGGCCGACCCCAACACGGCCCUGUAUGAAGCGCAACCCGUUGCGGUCAACAAUGAGCCCGGAAAGCGGGAUACCUUCUCGCUGCGGGACCUGCAACAUAAGGACCGCGAGGGGAGAAUUAUCACGGACCCCGACCUCUCCAACCCGACCCGGAAUCGUCUCGAGCGACCCCUAGAGACCAUUCGAGCGUUCGAAGCGGCCAUCGACUCCCAUCGCAAGUAG